UUGCCUUAUCUACUACACCAAUCCUUGGCCUGUCGAUGUCCAGAAUAAAGGCCCAUGCGACUUUUGUUUUUCCCGAGCAUCUGAGUUAGAGGACAAAGAAGCCAAGGUGAUCGGCCCUGGGUAUUUUUCGCAUUUUUCGCAUUUUUCGCGGUCGCGGUUGCGAUUCGCCCUCUUCAGAGCUAUUCUAUCUGCUCCAAGAAAUCGCUCGUUGACAGGAUGAACGACGCCAGCGGUGAGGCUGUGGGGGACCAUGUCCAAGCUCUCGAGCCCGAUAACCACCAUAUACACCCCAUACACGGCGGGGAUGACCAGGCGCACUUGGACCCUAGCCGGUGGUGGUUUGCUUCGGCCGCGUUUCCCAUGAUCGCCGGCACGCUGGGCCCCGUAGCGUCUGCCUUCAGCAUAUGCGCUCUGGUUCGACCGUGGCGGCAGAGCUACCAGCCAGAAUCGAACCCCGACUAUGCGACGUACAUCGCCGACCCGGUGUGGCUGACGGCCAUCAACGCCGUCCAGCUGGCCAUGGCCAUCAUCGCGAACCUGGCUCUGCUUCUCAACAUGACCAGGAGGCUCAGGUUCUCGAUCGCCCAGCCCAUCACCAUUGUCGGGUGGUACAUUUCGUCGAUUACCCUGGUUGUGCUUACGGCCACAGCCUCAGGCCCGCUGCUCCUCCAACCGACUGACCAGCACAUCUGGUCUCAGGCGUUUUACUAUGGCAUAUACUCGGCCAUCCUCUACUUGAUCGUCGGCUCACUCAUGCUCGUGACCUUCAUGGGUGCUCACCUAGGCCGCUAUGAGAAGGAUUUCAAGCUCACGCCAAGCCAGCGCACGCUAAUGCUGCAGACCAUCAUGUUCCUCAUGUACCUCCUCGUUGGCGCUCUGGUUUUCUCUAAUAUUGAGGGGUGGGAUUAUCUCGAUGCUGUGUACUGGUCAGCUGUGACUCUGUUUACCGUCGGAUUUGGUGACUUUUAUGCUACGACGACCCUAGGACGGGCCCUGCUAAUGCCGUAUGCGCUCGUCGGUAUCAUAAGCCUCGGUCUCGUCAUCGGCUCUAUCCGUAGCUUGGUCCUGGACCGUGGCCGGCGGCGAUUCGAUGCCCGACUGGUGGAGAAGAAGCGCCGGACCAUGAUCAGGCGCAUGACCCUGAAGGGUAACGACGAGAUUCUCAAACCGGUUGGUGGCCGCCAUGCCGACCCGAUGCAGCACUUAUCUGAAAGCUCUCGUCCCAGCACAGGGCUCACCGAGCUAGAGCGAAGGGAGGAAGAGUUCAAAUUGAUGAGGAAAAUCCAGGAGGAUGCCGCCCGUAGGCGGCGGUGGUAUUCGCUGGCUAUUUCAGGAAGCACGUGGAUGGUUUUAUGGCUGGUUGGAGCGAAAAUCUUCCAAGAGUGCGAGAUACCAUACCAGGGAUGGACAUAUUUUGACGCCUUCUACUUUGCCUUUUGUAGCUUGACGACGAUUGGCUACGGCGACACGACUCCCAUAUCCAACUCUGGAAAGUCGUUCUGGGUCUUUUGGGCGCUUCUCGCACUGCCUACUAUGACGGUGCUCAUCUCCAAUGCUGGGGAUACCAUUGUAAAAGGGAUCCGGGACGCCACGGACCAGGUUGCCAUGGUCACCAUCCUGCCUGGCGAUCGAGGGUUCAGGAAGGAUCUGAAACUGUUUUUCAAGAUGAUAUCCUGUGGAACACUAUUCAGCGAGGAGAUUGAAGAGGCGCCUCUGGGCUUUCUCGGCGAUGCCCAACGGCAAGACUAUAGCGAUACCGACAACGAUGUGGAACGGUCGCUGGAAAAAGACCAGGCCGACCUGGAGAAAGAAGGGGCAACAACGGCUGCCGGAAGAGCAAAACGCGAAAGAGACGCUAAGGAUGAAGAGAAGCAUAGGGGACGGGUAGACGAUAAUACGGCAUCGGAAGCCAGCACUAAACGUCUUAUCAAGUUCGGCGACGAAUCGAAACUAGGUACCGAAAACAAGCCGCCGUCACAACAGGCUAUCAAGGUCCACCAGGGCGGCGUGAGUUCAGGUAGUCCCGGCAGCCCCAGCAGUCCCAAUAACCCCAUUCAGCUUAAGAUGACGCGCACACCAUCUAUUCCGCGCAAUGUCUUGCCCGACAUUCCGUCCAACAAGGCCGAGUACCACGUCACGCUGAUAGAGGAGAUUGGCCGCGUUAUGGAGCAUCUCAAAGCCCACCCACCGCGCAAGUACACGUUUUGGGAAUGGGCGUGGUAUCUACGCCUCAUAGGCGAGGACGAGAAUGACGCCGACCGACACCGGAAGCCGCUGACGCACUUGCACGGCGGCAGCAGAAAGGAGAAGAGGCUGCUGCUGGCGCUGCCCCACUUUCGGCAUCGUGGUAGCAAAAACAAUGAUGGGGAAGACGACAGGCACCCAGUCGAUGGCGGGGGAAGCGGCAAUGGUAAGGCCAAGGCGUCCCCUGAUAUCAAGUCUUGGAGCUGGGUCGAUAGCCGCAGCCCUCUGAUGGGGUCGCAGGAAGAGGCCGAGUGGAUAUUGGAAAAGCUCACGCGGAGGCUGACUGAGGAGCUCAAGGGGGUGAGCAGGGUCGAGAGAAGGAAGAGCCACGACCACAGCCACAGAUGAACAGGCACGCUAGGUAAGUUUCGAGGUUUGUUAAUGUCUGCUUUUGUCUGCUUUCUGGGGGUCAAAUAUGGGAUACUGCAGGGUUUGGCGUGAGGCCCCUACGGUUCGGGGUGGGUUUUGGGUUUGGAAGUC